AUGAUGGAUGAGCCGUGGUGGGAAGGGCGUGUCGCCUCGGACGUCCACUGCACCCUGCGCGAGAAGGAGCUGAAGCUGCCCACCUUCCGAGCCCACUCCCCGCUCCUGAAGAGCCGCCGGUUCUUUGUUGACAUCUUAACCCUGCUGAGCAGCCACUGCCAGCUCUGCCCCGCUGCCCGGCACCUGGCCGUCUACCUGCUGGACCACUUCCUGGAUCGCUAUAACAUCACCACCUCCAAGCAGCUCUAUGCCGUGGCCGUCUCCUGCCUUCUGCUCGCAAGUACGUGGAACCCACUUCUUUCCCCGUGCCGUUUCCUCACCCGCUGUUCUGCAGCCAGUGAGGUUAGGCUUGGAGGCCAAGGUGACCAGACCGAGGCCACCACCAUCCGAUGUAAGUUCGAGGAUAGGGAAGACCAUGUCCCCAAGCUGGAACAGAUAAACAGCACGAGGAUCCUGAGCAGCCAGAACUUCUCCCUUACCAAGAAGGAGCUGUUGAGCACAGAGCUGCUGCUGCUGGAGGCCUUUGGCUGGAACCUCUGCCUGCCCACGCCCGCCCACUUCCUCGACUACUACCUCCUGGCCUCCGUCAGCCAGAAGGACCACCACUGCCACAGCUGGCCCACCACCUGCCCCCGCAAGACCAAAGAGUGCCUCAAGGAGUACGCCCACUACUUCCUAGAGGUCACCCUGCAAGAUCAUAUUUUCUACAAAUUCCAGCCUUCUGUGGUGGCCGCAGCCUGCGUUGGGGCCUCUAGGAUUUGCCUUCAGCUUUCUCCCUACUGGACCAGAGACCUGCAGAGGAUCUCAAACUACUCCCUGGAACAUCUCAGCACAUGCAUCGAAAUCCUGCUGGUAGCUUAUGACAACAUCCUCAAGGAUGCCGUCGCGGUCAAGAGCCAGGCCCUGGCGAUGGUGCCCGGCACACCCCCAGCUCCUACCCAGGUGCUGUUCCAGCCACCCGCCUACCCCAGCCUCGGCCAGCCGACAGCGAUGGCCCUGGCCCAGUUCCAGACCCCCGUGCAGGACCUGUGCGUGGCCUAUCGGGACUCGCUGCAGGCCCACCACUCGGGGACCCUGCUCUCAGGGGACAGCGGCUCAUCCCUCCAUGCCCUGUACCCCACCCUCCAGCCCCUGGACGUGUGUCCCGUGCCACUGCCCACGUCCCUCAGCAUGCACAUGGCUAUUGCAGCUGAGUCCAGACACUGCCUCGCCGCCACCUACGGGAGCAGCUACUUCAGCGGGAGCCACGCGUUUCCUGCGGGCUGUUUCGACAGAUAG